AUGGCGCUGGAGUCUCUCUCUCCAGAGAUCUUGCUACUCACUCUCGAAAACAUAUCGUCACCACUCGAUCUAGUCGCCGCUGUACACGCCUCACCAAACUUAUACCGAACUUUCAUCGCCUACAGACAGCAUCUUCAAAGGAAUACCCUGACCCGAGCAAUCCACCCAACAUGUCGAGCAGACGCCUAUUCAGCCUUGGAUGCUCAAAUAAACCGACGGCAGAUCAAAUCAGGCGUCAAAAUCACAAAACUAAAAGCAGAAUGCUUUUCUAUCUUCGCCACCGACCGCAAACGCCGGUCUCAGAAUCAUGAUGUGUUCAAAGUAGACAACGACAACCUGGAAACAAUGUUCAAUUUUCAAGCAAAUGUCGAACGCCUCAUCGAUACAUUCUGUCAUUGGUCACUGCGCCAUUUAUUCCCAAAUGAUCAUGACCAAAAUCACUCCCCUGUACCAUCUCCAACGACAACCCCAAGAGCAAAAGUAUCACAUACAGAACGAGCCCGUCUCCAGCGUGCAUUCUAUCGCUGUGAAAUUUUUGCCAGAUUCCAUCGAGUCCUUCAGCUCCAGGAUAAAAGUUCCGCGAUGAAUUUCAUCCAGAUUCUCAUGAGCUUCAGUUCUCAAUUCCAACAGCACGAAUUCGAAGAAAUUAUCUGCGUUAGACAAUUCCUUGCAAAGUUUGUGGAGGCACUUUGUGAACGGGUAGAGGAUGAUUUUCUUGCUUUCUAUUCUGAAAAGGGUCUUCUCGAUGCGGGCGUCGAAAGGAAAUCUGAUCAGGAAGAUGAUACCCCAAGUGGAAAUGAUGACGCUGGCAUUGGCAAAACACUCAAAGGCUGCGGACUAUUCCUCUUGACAACGAAUUAUCGCGGCGCACCAUUUCACGAUAAUCAUGUCAAAUAUCUCAUUUCCUGCGGUCCGGCUUAUAUCCUCUCCUUGAACAACCUACCCUCCCGAGACCUCAAACAUGUCCUCCUCAAAUCAGAACGGCAUUCGCAUGAUCUGGAUAUCAAUGAUUACUUUGUUACUGGGGGUAUGACAAAUGACAACAUGGACGAGAAAUCCAAAACGACCCUGUAUCACGGCAAAGUGGUUUCCAUUGACUGUGAUGAAGUCGACCAACACAAUCUGGGGUGGAAAUGGGGAACUAGUUUCGACACGCAUGUCAAACCAGAUUCUCCAUCUAAUGCUCUCCUUAGGGAUAUGGGAUACGUCUUCUGGGAUGCGGGGCGUUUGGUUGAUUCGGGACUUGUAGCUGAGCCUUACGUUGUUGCUAUUGGGGCUGAGUGUUUUCCGCCUGGGUACAAGAGGGCUUUUUCUAGACCUAGUGUUGAGAAGCGGCUUUGUGGGGGGAAAGCGGAUGCGGAUAUGAUGCGUGAGUGGAGGGAUUUGUAG